UCUCCAGCCGAUUAAACAACUGAGUGCGACUGCCCUGGAUUCUCACUGCACACCCCCAACUGCCUGCCCCCGCGCAACUCGCUGGAUAGCGCCGUCGCUCAUUUCCUCGAUUGAGAGAGCAGGAAGUCGCUUGGGCGAGCAAGUCCUUUCCGUUUUCGACAUCAUGGCCGCCUCUAAAGACUCGGCACCGUCGCUCGAGGCGGAUGACCAAACAUCUUCCCAAGCCUUCGAGGCGACCGCGGAAACGGCAGCAGACCAACAGAAGGGCGCCCCCGACGAGAACACCACCGAGAUGCCCCCAGGCGGCAGGCCACGGCCCCACACGGUGCGGCGCGAGGCUGAUCUCAGCUCGCUAUUGACCCCCGGAGACAAGUCGGAGCUGACAGCCCUCGUCACCAAGACGACCGAGUCCAUGCUCAAGCAGCUCACCCAGUUGUUCGACCCCGUCCGUACUCCAGACACCCAGCCAUCACGCAUCGCCUUCUGGAGCAAUCUUCCCUACUACCUCAAGGACCUGAGCCUGAAAGACCCACUGGGCACCAGCCAGACUCGAGGGAACCAGAAGGAGAACGUCAAGCCCCCCCGCCCCAAGAAGGCGGGUCGGACGAAGGAUAAGCGCGACACCGUACCGGGUGAUGCUGAGGGCCCCAGCCAGGUUGAAACCGAUACCACGCCGCGACUCCAGGAGCUGAAGAAGGAGGCGCUCCUGCACUUCAGGAGGUGGCAGACCGCAGUCCACAGACGAAUCGGUGACAUUUCUGUUAAGAAGGCCCCGGAGCCUCGGCCUGGCUCGGGUCCUUCGGGUCCUUCGGGCCCCAGAAGACGGCCGUCCUCCAACAAGAGAGUCAAACCAGGCGGUAGGACCCAACUUGAGGUUUCUACUCUUCAGGUUGCUGACAGCAUGACAGUCCCGAAGGCUCCCACUACACCGACCAUCAUCCUGGAAGCUGACCCCAUGCUCACGCAGCUGUAUCCCCCAACCCCGACAACGCUCUCCUCGUGGGCCGCGGAGAAGAGGUGCCUGCUGCUCCACGCACUACUCCUCCUGCUGCUCUCCAUCGAAAGCUAUAGCGCUUACACCCGAGUUCUGCUCUUGAACAUCGCUUCAGCCCUGCAACUGCCUCUUCGCAUCCUGGCCGAGGACGAGGUCAGGGUAGGCCGUGCCUUGGCCCAGAUCGCCAAGAACAUCCCACCCGAGCUUUUAAUGCAAAAGAAGAACGAAGACGGCAAGCCCUCUAGAAGAUGGAAAGCUGGAUUGGCGGGCACAUCGGGUGCCGCCGGCGCUGGGGCAGCCGGUAGUUUGGCCGCAGCGCUCGAGGCGGCGCGUAUCGGAUCUGUGUUUGGCAUUCCCGGAAUUCCAGGCCCCGCCGCAGCAGGUCUUCUGGGGAUCGUGGGCGAGAAUAGCCUGGCCGUGGCAGCCCUGUUCGGAAUAUAUGGCGUCAGGAGCACCGGCAAGAUGAUGGACCACUACCUCAAAGACGUCGGUGACUUCGCCUUCCUGCCGCUCCGCGGUUCGAUCGGCGAGCAACUAGAGAUUGGAAAGAUCGCCCCCGAGUGUCGCCGUCUCCGGGUCGUCCUGGGAAUCAGUGGUUGGCUCUCAAGCAAGGACGACCCUGUCAGUCCUUGGCAGUGCUUGGGCGACCAAAACGAAGUGUAUGCCGUCCGAUGGGAACUCGAAGCGCUGACCAAGCUGGGCAGAUCGUUUGAUACGCUUGUCAGGAGCGCGGCGUGGUCCAUGGCAAAGAAAGAGAUCAUUGCUCGGACCAGUGAGCUCCGUUCCAGGUUCCCCAACCACUCUGCACUGAAGGCUAACGAGCAUGGGCCAGUUUUCUCCAACUUGGCCGACGGUCGCUGGCCCGCCAGCCUGCUCAAGAUUAGCAAGCUCAUAGACAACAACUGGAACAACGGCAUGGUCCGCGCCGACAAACUGGGUGCCACGCUCGCCGAUGUCAUCAUGGGCAAGGCACAGGGUGAGCGCGGUGUUUCGCUGAUCGGCUACAGUCUGGGCGCCCGUGCCAUUUAUGCCUGUCUCAUGUGUCUAGCCGAGAAGCGAGCUUUUGGGCUGGUGGAGAACGCCAUCAUGAUUGGGACGCCGGCACCAUCCGAGUCCUUGGCGUGGUGCGCCAUGAAGAGCGUCGUCACGGGCCGACUGGUCAACGUGUACUCGGAAAACGACUACAUGCUGGGGUUCCUCUACCGCACCAGCAGCAUCGAGUUCGGCCUUGCCGGCCUGCAGCACGUCACCGGGGUGGACGGGAUCGAGAACGUGGAUGUCACUGAUAAGGUCAGUAUCCACCCGAGAUACCAAUACCUCGUGGGCAGCAUCCUGCGGCACAUUGGCUGGGAGGAUACGGACAAGGCACAGAUUGUCCGGGACGAGGCGGAGAUGACGUUUUAUGAGGACCGGAACCGGAAGCACGAGGAACGGCGGGAUGCGGUCGAGCUGGGCAGGGUCGAAGUUAUGAAGGAAAACGACCAUGGGAUCAUCCGGACCCGGAUGCGGAAGAAGGGCAGGAAGUGACUGGGUUGAAGUGGGCAUGCUGCCGUGGUUACCGCGUCGUCACGAGGUUGUUCAGAAAGGCGAAGUAUGUUUUGGAGAGUUGCAGUUUGGCGGUCAUGACGGAGGCUUGAGCUGUUAGCUAUGUACAGGUUUUAGCAUCCGGCGUUUAGCCUUAGUGGGGAUAUCUCAGGGCACGAACUUAGCAUAGC